UCUGUAUCCUGCGAGGAGACUGGGAUACUGUCGCAUCCAAAUGAACCUUGCCUCUCUCUCUGCGGUCGCUAAUAGCAAAACAAAGGAGAACAAAUCGUUAUUUGCAAAAAAAACGAAUAUCCAGUCAUAUCAUGACGGAGAACACUAAAACGCACGUUAUAUUGCUGUCAUGUGGAAGUUUUAACCCCAUCACUAAAGGACACAUUCAUAUGUUUGAGAAAGCCAAAGAAUACCUGCACAAAACAGGGAAGUUCAUUGUGAUUGGGGGCAUCAUCUCUCCUGUACAUGACUCCUAUGGCAAACCGGGUCUGGUCCCCAGCAGACAUCGUCUCACUAUGUGUCAACUGGCAGUCCAGUCCUCUGACUGGAUCAGAGUGGAUCCCUGGGAGUGCUACCAGGACACAUGGCAGACUACGUGCAGCGUGCUGGAGCAUCAUCGUGACCUCAUGAAGAGAGUCACAGGGUGUAUUCUAUCCAAUGUGAACACACCGUCCACAACUCCAGUGAUCGGCCAACCACAGAACAAGACUCAGACUGCCAUCUAUCAGAACCACAACACAGUGAACAACAAGCCCACUGCCAUUAAGCUGUGGGGGAAGAUGAGUGAGAGCUUGGGUAAGAUUUGCUGUGUUCGCCCACACAUGGACCGUUUCACCUUUGUAGAUGAAAAUGCCAACCUUGGUACUGCAAUGCGAUAUGAGGAAAUUGAGUUGCGCAUCUUGCUCCUAUGUGGCAGUGAUCUUCUGGAGUCAUUCUGCAUCCCUGGCCUAUGGAAAGACAGUGAUAUGGAGGUGAUUGUGGGAGACUUUGGGAUUGUUGUUGUGCCUCGGGACGGAGUUGAUACAGAGAGGAUAAUGAACCAUUCCUCUGUGCUGCGCAAGUACAAGGAUAACAUCACUGUCGUAAAAGAUGAUGCCAACCACCCUAUGUCCAUUGUCAGUUCAACCAAGAGCAGACUGGCCCUGCAGCAUGGUGACGGCCAUGUAGUGGACUACCUGAACCAGCCAGUCAUCGACUACAUCCUGCAGAGUCAGCUCUACAUCAAUGCUUCUGGAUAGGAACUACUGCUUUGGCCUGCUGGCAUAUUGUCCCUGUCUGUCUUUCAUGUGAAACGUAUACUCCUCUUGAGCUACUGCUUUUCCAUUUAAAGAUAUCCAUAUCCCUUCUUACUGUAUCAUGGUGACUCAUCUGACCUGUGGAUGUACAGCGAGGUGCCUGAGAGCUGUGUGUAUGUGUGGACCACCUUCACAACUGACCUUGUGUAGGCUGCGCCGGCCGGGCGGGAUAGAGGGGGGGGGGUGGGGUUUUGGGACGUGUCCCAAAUAGCAUAACUUUCCCUAUUGUGCACUACAUUUAACCCGGUCAACAAUAGUGCACUUUAUAGGGAAUAGGUUGUAAUUUGGGAUGCCCCCUUGGUGUCAUUAAGAGAGGGUGCAGAGAUGGUAACCUAUUGAAUUUGGGCCUUUGCUGUUGAUUUAAAAUCUGUAUGUUUUUAGAUUGCAUGCUUAGAAUGUUUCUGUUUUGGCAUGAGUACUUACUCACUUUGUAGAUAGAUGUUGUGAAAGUGUUUGCAAAAAACGAACAUAUAUUGGGUACCCACCUCUCACUUCAUUUUCUGUUCACUCCAAGUCUACUUUAUGUACAGUAUCUGUAUUAAUGUACCUGCGACUGCACAUCAAUGCCUAAAUGUUUGGUUUUCAGUGAGCAUUGAUGCAAGAUGUACAUCUGUUUGCACAUAAGAGAAUGAUUUGAACGUUCAUUUAUUUUGGUGUGCAAAGGAUUUUUACACGUUUCUUCUGCUUGCCACCGAGAAAAUGACCCCGCCUCCCAAAACUAAUGCAAUUAACCUGUUUCUUACUGUGUGCUAUGUAGCUCGAUUCUUUUACAUAUAGAGGAAAAAACAACAGCACAAACUAUAGAAGUGCAUUUCAUGUGCCCUGGGGGAUGAGUUCACAUAUGCAAGUCUCUCACUCUCCUUGCACAUAACACUCUGUCAUAAUAACAUCAAUCUGAAAUAAAUGUGUUCUAAUGUUGUACUGCAAAGGA